AUGGUGGAAGCAACGUCGAAUCUAACGCCGUCGCAGAGAUACGCGGCAAGCGCAUUGUUCGCGAUCGCGCUAAACCAAGCGCAGAUCAGCCAGACAAAGCCACUCGCCAUCUCCACCACCGAUCACGAUCACGGAGGAGAGUCUGAGCAUCUCCUAACCAGCGGCGGUGAUUCAGUCUCCGAGGACGCUGAUCUCUGGGUCCACGAGGUUUCCGGCUUGCUCCGACCCGUUUUCAGAAGUCUACAGAUAGAUUCCUCAGCUUGGCAUGGCAUCGAGGAAAUUGCUGCUUCUUCUCCGGCUAAGCAUCACAUUGGUUCGCUCAUCAAGUUACUUUCGGAAGAUACGAGUGAUGAUAAUGAUAUGGCGGAGAAAGAGACCGCCUUAGCUAAAGCUGCUGAAGCUAUGGUUCAAGGCAUUAAGCAAGGUUCUGUAUCUGUGGAAGCUAAGAAGGAAAAGCAUUUGGAAUACGAAAACGAAUGCCGUGAGAAGUAUUCCCUUCGAGAGGCUCAGUCUGGUGCUGCAGAUAAUAAGGAUACAGAGACUCACGGGGAAAAUGUAGUCAAAGAUCCUGACAUUGAUGAAUAUGGGAAGCCUGUUGAGGAAGCAGCAUUGCUUAGCCAUGAGAGGAAGAUAAGUGUUCUGUACGAGCUACUUUCUGCUUGCUUGGCAGAUAAACACGAAGAUAAGGAAAAGUGUACACGGAGUAGGAAAGGCUAUGACGCACGCCACCAUGUUGCUCUGCGCUUACUUGCAACUUGGUUUGAUUUUCAGCCGAUUCGAAUGGAAGGAGUUGAGAAAAUGGCUGUAUGCUCUGCCAUGGCAUUGAAAAAGUCAAUCGAAAAUAAGGAAGAGGAGUCUCUGUGUCCAAAUAGUGAAUGGGAUAAAUGGAAGCGUGGAGGCAUUGUUGGAGCGGCUGCUUUGACAGGGGGUACUCUGAUGGCUAUCACUGGCGGAUUGGCUGCUCCAGCAAUAGCUGCAGGGUUUGGUGCAUUGGCACCAACACUAGGCACUCUGGUUCCUGUAGUUGGAGCCAGUGGGUUUGCUGCAGCUGCUAGUGCUGCAGGAACUGCUACUGGUUCUGUUGCUGUUGCAGCAUCCUUUGGAGCUGCUGGAGCUGGGCUCGCUGGGACUAAGAUGGCGAGGAGAACUGGAGAAAUUGAAGAGUUUGAGUUUAAAGCUAUUGGAGAAAAUCAUAAUCAAGGACGAUUAGCAGUGGAGAUCUUAGUUGCUGGCUUUGUUUUCAAGGAAGAAGACUUUGUAAAGCCCUGGGAAGGUUUAACUAGCAACUUGGAAAGGUACACGGUGCAAUGGGAAUCUAAGAAUCUUAUUGCUGUGAGCACUGCAAUUCAGGAUUGGCUUACUUCAAGGGUUGCUAUGGAGUUGAUGAGACAAGGUGCAAUGUAUACAGUGCUAAGCUCGCUUCUUGCAGCAAUGGCAUGGCCGGCAACAAUCUUAGUAGCUGCUGAUUUCAUAGACAGUAAAUGGAGUAUCGCCAUUGACAGGUCAGAUAAAGCAGGAAUACUUCUAGCUGAAGCGCUUCGAAAAGGGUUACAAGGAAAUAGACCAGUGACUCUCGUCGGUUACUCGCUUGGUGCGCGUGUCGUCUUCAAGUGCCUCCAAGCUCUGGCCGAGACAGAGAAAAACGCUGAGAUUGUGGAAAGAGUUGUUCUUCUUGGAGCCCCAAUAUCAAUCUAUAACGAGAACUGGCGAGACGUAAGAAAGAUGGUGGCAGGAAGAUUCAUCAACGUUUACGCCAUAAAUGAUUGGACCCUAGGAGUUGCUUUCCGUGCAAGUUUACUGACUCAAGGAUUAGCUGGAAUCCAGCCAGUCUGUAUCCCGGGGAUCGAGGAUGUGGAUGUAACCGACAUGGUGGAAGGUCACUCAUCUUACUUAUGGAAAACUCACCAAAUCCUGGAAAGACUCGAACUCGACAAGUCUUACCCUGUUUUCCGAAAGACUCUAUAACUAAGACCUAACAUUUGUCAUGAUUUUAUUUAUUAUUUAUAGUUGCAUUCUGAAUCUCU